CCGAUUCCCAUCUCUCCCUCGUUCCCACCUCGCGCCGCCAGGGACGAGCGAGAGCGCUCCCGCUCGACCCCGCAGCUCCUCCCGCCGGCCACGCCCUGCCCCUCCCCCGAGCUCGCCUCACCCUCCCCUGCACCUACCUCCGCCGCCACUCCCGCGCCAAAGCCCCCCCGACGCAGGCCCGCCACCUCGAUGCCGUCACCCGAGCCGGUGACCUCGCGCACCCUGGCCUCCCCUUGCCCGCGCGCCUGGCCGCGCCGGGGCCAGGCUCGCCACCUCGGCGCUCGGCGCUCGUCGCUCAUCCCGGCCACCUCUUCACCGCCGGACCUCGCCGGGGCUCCGCCAAACCCCUACCACGCCGGAUCAGCCGCGUCUACCUCCUCUGCCCCGCCGGUCAUCAUCAACGACCCAGCACAACCACCACCACUGCUUCUUCGUCUUCGUCGGGCACGCUCCCGAGCUCACUAUGCUGGAGCCCAGGAGCUAGACGCCACCGUCGACGACGACUCUUACUACACCGGAGGUGCCUACUACUACGUGCAGGCCGCUGACGACGACCAGGAGUAGUUUAGGAGGAUCCCAG